CCCUACACGUGACUAGCAUGACCUCAUAUCCUCUUAUAUGGACAAGUGAUACUGCUACGUAGCCUCUCUUCGUACGCUCACUGAAGCCUGAUUGUCUAAGCCACUCAGCGAAGUUAAAAUGUCCGUGCAUUGAUUGCUGCCAGCUAUACUGGUACCACCGUCACUACACUAUGCAUCCCAGAGAACAUCCUAGAGAACACUCCAGAUAUCCACCGCGACGAAGAUCUCGUAGUCCUCAUAGCCGAUAUUCUCCUCCUCCUCACCCGCGAUCAGGAUCACAUCGUUACGACGACCGGUCUGGUGGUUAUGAUAGGUAUGACGACCGACCUCACUACGGAAGUCAGCACCCAAGGGAUCAGGACCGCCAUUUUGAUCGCUGGGACGACGGAAGAGACGCAUGGCGAGAGAACCCACGACAUGAUAACCAUUACCGUGGUGACGAUCGGCAUAGACGGCCAGAACGAAAGGAAGAGGGACUAAGUGCUCCUAAUAUCAAUAUAGUUUUGCGUGGAUUGCCUGAUCACUUUGGGGAACAAGACAUUGAAAAAGCUUUGGUGGAUAUGGAAGCCAGCAUAGAUCAAGUCACUUUGAUCAAGGAUCGUGAAACAGGAGAAUCACGCAAAUUUGCCUUUGUAAAAUUUACCAGUGUCGGGCAUGCCGAGGAAUUUGUAACCAAAAACUAUCCUUUUAUUUAUAUGGAUCGCCAACGUGUUCGUAUCGACUUUUCUCGCAAGGAGGCUAAACAAGAAGGAGCAGGAUGGCGAUGUGUGAAGUGCGGAAAGGUCAAUGACGAAAUGCGUAGAAACUGCUUAGAAUGUAGAAUGGUGAAUCCAAACCCCUCGCUUCCCGUCCAACGACCAACAGAUCCAGAAACAUUUGCUAUCAACGAUGGUCUAAGAGAUAUAUCGGCACUACCUUCUCAUUUACUCCUCAUUCGUGGCCUGGACCAACUGACUACGAAAGAUACCAUAUUGAAUAUAUUUGCUGACUCUGUCGGUUUCCGGCGAGCGCUUUUGAUUCGCGAAAGGCUAACACAGAUGUCCAGUGGCUUUGCAUUUCUGGAGUUUUGGAAACCGGCCGAUGCCACAAGAGCGCUGUCCAAAAUAGGCAACCGGGUUAAAGUAGACAGCGCUACGACAACGCUGACGUAUGGAGAAGUAGCAAGCUUUUUGCCAGCCUAUGUGAGCUCCCAGUGGACUAUUCCUAGUCAUUUUGCUGGUGGUUUAAGUGAAUACCGAGAUCCCAGUCUUUACUGUGAAAUAGUAGAAAUUACACCUCCUGCUGAGAGUGAAAACACGAGCCAUGAGGUCAUUCGAACGAGUACAGAAGAAACCAAGCAGAAGUCAGCGCCAAACAAGGAGGAAGAUGAUCUUGAUGCAUUUUAUGCUGAUAUGAACUCAAUACUCGAUGAAGAUGAUGAUGAGGAAUCGAUCUUUUCUGUGCCAAAAUCCAUGAAAUAACCCCAUUAUUUUCGCAAUAAAAAAAUAACUGCACCCAACUGGCGGAAAAAAUUAAACAUUGUGCCCCCGCCUGUAGCCAG